AGCUUCUCAGCAGGAUUGAACGAGGCAGUUCAUUCAGUUACUGGCGCAGCUUCCCAACUGAAAGUCGUGCGAUUGAGCUUGUAUAUCCGGAAGCCCAAGAUGAGUCGCGAAGAGACCAAGUGGGACAAAGUGCUGCAGGAAUUGGGAGAUUUUGGAGUGUUUCAACUCAAGAAUUACAUCCUAAUCUCACUUGUAGUUCUCCUACCUCCAGUUUAUGGAUUUAGUUAUGUUUUCUCUGCUGCUGAUAUGAACUAUCGAUGUCGAAUUGACGAGUGUGAACCUCCAGGAUCGAACUACUCGGCCAAUACAACUCUUCUCGAACUCUCCAUUCCCCAGUUUGAUGGAAAAUUUUCAAAAUGUGACCGUUUUAGUGUACUCAAUAGAUCUGUUGAAACCUGUGAUGCUUCCAAUUUUGAUCACGAUCUCUCAGUUCCGUGUAGUGAUUUUAUAUUUGAUACCACUAAGAGAACCAUCGUGUCCGAAUGGAAUCUCACCUGUGCAGAAAAUGAGUGGAAGUUGGCCUUUGUGGGUACAAUGGCCAACAUUGGACAAUUCAUCGCUCUGCCCAUCACUGGUUUCUUCUCUGAUCGCUUUGGGAGGAAGACCGCUUUUAUCAUUUCCACUCUGUGCUGUGGACUCUGUGGAAUUAUCAAGUCCUUCGCCACCAGUUACACAAUGCUCGUGAUCUUUGAAUUUCUAGAAAUGGCUCUGGGCUCAGGGAUCUAUGCAUGUGGCUAUGUACUGGGGAUGGAACUGGUGGGACCCAGUAAGAGAGCUUUUGGAACUCUCUUCAUAAAUUGCUUCUACACCACCGGAGGAGCUAUCCUAGGAUUCGUAGCCCUCACUCAGGAUUACUGGCGCGAUAUGCUGAGAUGGCUCUACUUUCCAUGCCUCAUUGUUGUGGCAUAUUUUUGGCUCAUCCCAGAGAGUGUUCGGUGGCUACUGACCAUGGGGCGCCAGGAUGAAGCAAGUCAGAUUAUCCGCAAAGCCGCAAAAAAGAACAAAGUUCUACUUUCGGAAGAAACCAUCGCCAUACUACAUGGGAAUGUACCAGAACUGAAGAUCAAUCCUGUGGCGAAGAAGAAGAAAAAAAGCUAUCCAAUUGCCAGUAUUUUCAGUUCUCCUGCCCUCCUCAUCCGUCUAGCUAUUUGUUCCUUUUGCUGGAUCACAAAUACUUUCGUGUACUACGGAUUGGUCAUUAAUUCUGCGUCGUUCGGUGAGAAUAUCCAUACCAGCUUUAUCUUGGGAUGUUUCAUCGAAAUCCCUUCAUUCAUCUGUUCUUACCUCGUCCUGGAUCGCAUCGGAAGGCGAUGGACAUUAUGCAGUGCUUUUCUCCUCAGUGGAGCUGCUUGUCUGACUUUUAUCUUUGUCGGAGCUGAUUUAACAGCCCUCAGACUAAUCUUAUUCUUAAUUGGACGUUUUGGGAUUACAAUAUCUUUUACCAGCAUUUAUUUAUACACCACAGAGAUAUUCCCAACAGAACUGAGAAGUAGUUUGCUAUCAUUCUGCUCGACUGUUGGAAGAAUUGGAGCAGCAGUUGCUCCACAAACUCCCCUUUUAGCUAAAUUUUCAAAAUCCAUGCCAAUGAUUUUGUUCUGUGGAACAGCCAUUGUUGCUGGUUUUCUGAUCCUCCAAGCUCCAGAGACACUCAAUGCUAAACUUCCGGAUACCGUGCAGCAAGCUGAGAAGAUGAAAAACCCAUCAUCUAACAAUAUUCAGUGAGAAAAGUGAAAAAAAAUCCCGCCAUUUUUUUUGUAUAAAAUUAGGUUACAUUUUUAUUAAUUUGUGAUUUGUAAAACAAGAUAAAAUAUUGUGGUCUUAUCGA